AUGGCACUAGCAGGCUCGAAAGGAAGGAAGUUGAAAUUCGAAGCUAGACGGAAGAUGACCUUAUGUAAAGCACAAGGUGUUCCAUACAGGCAUGAAGAAUGUCCACAAGGACCCGACGUCCACUGUGAAUUGCAGCUCUUUCUGGAUUUGGAAAGGCUAAAUGGCUUUAUUGUGAAAAAGCAUCUUCCAGGAAUAGACGAUUUUAUCUUUCAAGAAAUAUGUGGCGGUGCUAUCAUAGCUGAUCUCAUCCCCCGGAACCGUAGCCGCUGCGUCACCGCCUCGGAACUCUGGCCUAACUCCCCUUUCGCUAAAACCAAUGGCUUUGGCUCCAACCGGGGCGACUCAGUCUCCCGGCUCAAAAGACCACAACCCGAACCGCACAUGUCGUUAGGCACCGAACAAGCGGAGAAGAAACCGAAAAGACCAAGAAAAAACCUGUACAGGGGUAUAAGGCAACGACCCUGGGGGAAAUGGGCAGCCGAGAUUCGUGAUCCUCGAAAAGGGGUUCGGGUUUGGCUCGGCACUUUCAACACUGCUGAGGAAGCAGCCCGCGCCUACGACCGAGAAGCUCGCAAAAUCAGGGGCAAGAAAGCCAAGGUUAAUUUCCCCAACGAAGAUGACGCUUUUUCCACUACCCACUACAAUCUCAACGAUCCCAGUUUCGAUUCAAACGCUUCCAUUUAUCAACACCCAAUGAACGCUAAUCUCAAUGACUAUGGGUUUCAUUACGAUUUGAAUGAAAUUGGCGGGUACGCAACCGACCCGAUUGUUAUAUCUGGAGAUGAGAAUAAAGGGUCUGGUGAUGAGAAUGUGAAUCCUUGUUACGUCCCAGUAAAGGCCGAAGAAUUGGCAGAAGAAGAUGAGAAACGAUUAGAGGCAAUGAACAAGGGUCAAGAAGAAAAGAACCAGGCGCAGAAACUGUCUGAUGAGCUGAUGGUAUACGAGAACUACAUGAAAUUCUAUCAAAUACCGUAUCUGGACGGUGAAUCGCCGACCCAAAACGGCGUAGCUCCGCCAGAGAAUGUUGUCGGUGAGCUUUGGAGCUUUGAUGAUGAUGGCGUUGAUGUUCCAGUUACAUCAACGUCUAUGUGAUGAAAUUCGUUUUUCAUAUUGGAUGUUUUAACUUUGUUAAUUAGGAUUUAGGAUGAUUUUCGUAUGUAAUUCCCAAAUUUGUUUCCUUAUGUUUAAAAUUUGUAAUCGAAUGUUAUUAUUUUCCAACCUU